AUGUUUAAUAUUUAAUAACCAAUUGAAAUAGAAAGCUGUUUAGAAUAAAUUUUUCAAAAGAGUUUAAGAGAUUAAUAAUUAGAAGAAUUGAUUAAUGAUUCAAUUUAAGCAUUUAAAAUAUUUCUGCAUAAUUAUGAACUUGCAUAAAGAAAUAUAAAAAUAAUUGUAUUUGGCUCAAUUCUCAAUGGAUUUGAAACUAAACAAUCUGAUAUUGAUUUCACAAUAACUACAAAUUCUUAUAUUCCUGAAGUGAAGGCUUUAUAAUAUUGGACUUAAUAAUUGGAAAAGUAAACUAGAUUUAAAGUUGAAAAAAGUAUUCUCAAUUCUAGAGUUCCUGUUAUAAAAUUAUUAGAUCAAUAAAAUCUCAUUUAUAUAGAUUUGUGUUAUAAUAAUUUAUUGGGAGCAAUAAAUACACGAUUACUGAAAGCUUAUUCAUAAUUAGAUGAAAAAGUUAAGAAAGUAAAUUUCUUUUAAUAUAAAGGGGUGGUGUUUUGUUAAAAAUAUGGGCAAAAGGGGUAAAGAUUAUAUCAAAUUUUCUUUUUUCAUCAUAUUCAAUUAUAAUACUUUGGUUACAUUUCUUACAAACAAAUUAUGGUCUGCCUAAUUUAUAGGAUUAGGAAUACAAUCAUAACAAUAUAGAUUCAGAGUUAAUUAUAAAAAGAACACUUUAAGAGAAUGAAAAUAUUAUUACAAUCAAAACAUUUUUUGUAAUAAUUUAUUAUCAUAUUUUUAGGUUUAUGAGGGAUAAACCUAUGAGAAAUUACAAUUACAAUUUUAACAAAGAAUUUCUUUAAUUUCUUUAUAAUCUCUAUUACAAGAAUUUUUUUAUUAUUAUUCAUAAAAUGGAUAAGGAUUUAAUUAAGAUUAUAAGAUAUCGAUAAAUUUAAAGGAAAAGAAGGAUCCAGGAGUAUAAUAUUCUAUGUCUGAUCCAUUUGAUCCACUUCAUGAUCCUUUAAAGAAAAUAAAUAAGCUAUUUAAAAACAAUAAGGCUUUUGAUAAUGCCUUAUUGUUUUUAAAAACUAAGUAGGAUACUGAAUAUUUGUUUAAAAAUGAAAAUCAAUUAUCAAACUAUUGA